AUGCUCCAGCACAGCCGAGCAAGGCAGGAGCGGGCGCUGCCGCUCGUCCCGCUGCGGGCGGGAUGGGGGGCAUCCCCCUCGGAGCAAGGCAGGAGCGGGCGCUGCCGCUCGUCCCGCUGCGGGCGGGAUGGGGAGCAUCCCCCUCGGCAGCCUGUCCGCUCCCUCCGCUUCCUGCUUCACAUUUGCUGUGCAAAGGUGGGAGGGAAGGUUGCUUUUCCUGGUGCUCCUAACCCUCUUCCUCCAGUUCUAGGACUAGCCCUUGCCAGCGGCAACUUGCUCCAGUUUGGAGACACGAUUAAGAAAAAGACUGGGAAAUGAUGGCCGGCUUGCAAUGGAUACAGCUGCUACUGUGGCUGGGGGGGAUCCAGACAGCCCCUGGAUGCCCUGACUGGUAUGUGCUGCCACACCCAUGACUGCUGCUACAAGUUGGUUUCCUCCGGCUGCAAACCCAAAACGACCUGGUACAACUAGAGCUUCCAAGGAAGCCAGAUAGUCUGUGGAGCUGGGAAUUCGUGCCAAAAAGCUACCUGUAUGUGUGACAAGAGGGCAGCUGAAUGCUUCCAGAGGAACCUGGGCUCCUACCACAAAUCCUACAGCAACUACCCCAACGUCUUGUGCAGGGGCUCAUCACCCUCCUGCUGAACACACUGCCAGGCUGGGACUGACAGAAACCCUUGGAACUGGGGGGUUCUCCUUCCCUGUGGCACCAAAAAGGUGUCCAGCACCUUUCCCUGGAGCCUUAGCACAGGGAAAACCUGAAAACCUGCUUCCUGUGAUUAAAUAACUCAUAUCAAUGAGGCAA